UUGUUCUCUAAGAAAAGUUUCAGAUUGCCUCUGCUGGGCUCACAGCAGAGCAGAACAGCGUUCAUUUGUUCAUUGCUAAUAGUCUUCUGAGGGAGCAUGUCUUUUGUAAGCACUCUCCGUCAGUGGGACGAGGCCGUGGCUUGUGUAGAGCAAAGAGACCCUGCCUCUGCUCUCAGUAUAUUUGUCAACAUCGAGGAGAAAAGCUCCAAGAUCUUCUUCAACAUUGGCUGUCUUUAUUUGAACAACAGUGAGUUAGAUGAAGCUGAAAAGGCAUUUGACAGAAGUAUUGGCAAAGAUGAGCACCUGGCUGUGGCAUUUUUUCAGAGAGGAGUAACAUUCUACAAAAAGGAAAGGUUUGAAGAGUCUCUUCUGGAUUUCCAGCAGGCGUUUAAGCAGUUACGAGGAAAUCAACUGAUAGAUUACAAACCUCUAGGGCUGAGAUAUAAACUGUAUGUUUGUGAGGUGCUGCACAACAUAGGACUAGUACAGGCUCAGUUGGGAAAAUGGGAGAAAGCUCAAGAGAACCUUCUUACUGCACUAAGCUUGAGGGCUGAUGCCAAGUUCAGCCAUGUUGACCAUGCUCUGGAUGCCAUAUUGAAACAGAAGCUCUUUCCUUUGGUAGAGAUUCGAGCUGGGCUGCUGUUCAGACCCAAUAAGAACUAUGUGGCAGAGCUGGAGAAAAGAGACUAUCUUGGAAAAGCCAAGGUUGUAUCUUCUAUUGUACCUGCAGAUGAGUUUUCUGGGUUUGCUCCACUUCAGCCUCAAGUUGACGAUGUUCCAUCUACACCAAAAGUCCCAGAAGUGCUAAGGGUAUUUGAAGGUGAGCCACACACUGUUCUCUAUGAGUUUUACCCUGAGACCAAAGAGGAGCUAGCUGUAUUGCCUGGCAACAUUGUCUUUGUUCUUCAGAAAGGAUCUGACAACUGGGCAUCUGUUGUUUUCAAUGAGAAGCGGGGUCUUGUACCUUAUAACUUCCUUGAACCCUUGGAUAUUGUUACAAUGACAUCAAAACCAAUGCAGAUUGAACCAUUAAAUGAAAAUGAUGAUAUACCAGCUCCUCCAAGAAGAGCACCGCCGAGCAGACCAGUGGGUACAGAAGGCCCGGAGACUGUGAACGCAGAGACUAAUAACAUUAGGGAAUUCUCAGGCUGCAUUGUGAAAGUGCACUUUCAGUUCACCAUAGCAGUCAGAAUUGCACAUGGACAAUCAUAUGGAGUCGUUCUUCAGACGAUAAGCUCUAAACUUAAGCUGCCUGCAUCAACGUUAACUUUAUGUUAUGCCAAGGAAAGCAUUGAUGAAAGAGUGAAUCUUGAGGACUCUGAAAUGGAGGCUGUGUGGAAUAGUGUGAAGGAUAACCGUCUUACGCUGUGGUGUUCAGUGACUGAGGGUAAACGUGUGCCUCAUGAGAAAGUGGUGGCUCUGUACUCUUAUGGCUCUUCUACCCCUGAAGACCUGGAUUUCAAACAGGGAAACGUCAUCACAGUUCUUUCCAAAGUCAAUGAUGAGUGGCUUGAGGGUCAGUGCAACGGGAAGAUUGGCAUAUUCCCAUCAUCCUUUGUUAAAGCACUAAAUGGGGAUCAGAAAUGUGAAUGAAUCAUUCAUCCAGGUUACAACUAUGUUGAUUUUAUCAUUUGGGAGAAACCUGCAGUAUUUUAGGGCCUGUUUUUAGUUAAUAUUGUCAAACUCAUGCCAGAGCUUGCUGCUUCAUUAACCCACUUUGAUUGUGUGGUAAUCGUUCCACAUUUCACAUAUUGAGAUCAUAUUUUUUAAGUCAGGAAAAUUAGUUUUAUUCUGUUUGAAUAUAAAGACAACAAAUAACACAUUAAAUCACUUUUGACAUAAUUUACGCUUUCUAUAAUUCGCUACCAUUGGUAGCACAGUCGAACUUAACAUUCUUAUAUUUAACAAAUACUAAUUUACCUUCCUUGAUUUUUGGCCAGUAGCAGAAGGAACACACCAUUUUCAAGGGAAUUAAAACAUGUUCCCAAAAGAUAUUCUGUAUUAUCACAGACAAUUACAUCCUUUUCUAUACAUUGAUGCAAUUCAUAUGCUGUGGGUGUGAAAGUAGUCCUUUGAUGAUUUCUUAUGACAGUCCAAUAAUAAAUGAUUUUUAUGAUUUUUGAA